AUGAUUAACCGGCCCGGCCGCGCUCCCGCUCCGCGCGGGGCCACGCGGGGCUCGAGGGCCGCGCCGGGGCCGCCCCGAGCGGCGGCUGUUGGGACCCCGCGGGCACCGCCGACUCCGUGUCCCCGCAGGCAUCCCGCGAUGGACGGCGAGCCGCCAGCCGGGCCCCAGGGCCGCGGGGCAGCCGGGCCGGGGGAUGGCCGCGGGGCAGCCGGGGCGCCGCCCACCCCCGGCACCCGCAGCGAUGCCCCCGCGGCCCGUGGGGACCGGCCCGUGGCCGCGUCGGUGGUCACCAACUCGGCCUUCGAGGGGGCCCCCCCACCCUACUCGCCCCCGGACCCCAAGAGCUUCCACCUCCUCUACCCGCCGUUCCCAGCCGGCUUCUCCCAGCAAAGGCCCGUCUUUUACCCGUCGGGGCCGGGACCGCGGCCCUUCCCAGCCCCGGGCUUCCCCGCCGGGCCCCUGCCCUACAGCACGCCCCACGCGCAGCCGGCCGCGGGGCCGCCCCCCGCCGGCCGCGGGCAGCCGCUGCCCAAGGACUACACGGUGGAGUCAGCGCUGGUCACCGUCUUCUGCUGCCUGCUGACCGGGGUCAUAGCCCUCGUCUACUCCUACGAGACCCGGGCUGCGCUCGCCCGCGGGGACUUGGCCCAGGCGUAUGCGGCAUCCAGAAAGGCUCAGUUACUGGUCCUCUUCAGCCUCCUCUUCGGCCUGUUCGCCUCCAUCAGCUGGAUCAUCUACGUCCUGGUGGCCCUGUACCUGUGACAGGGACCCUGACUUGGGCGUGGGGCGGGGCACGGGCAGGUGGAGCUGCCACAGCCUUGAGUGGAAAGGGCGGCAGCGAGGAGUUACUGGGGCUGCGGGGCAGUGCCCGUCCUUCCCGGCGGGGCGAGGAGCUGCCCCGGAGCCUUCAGCUCAGCCCAGGGCAGGGAGAUGCCGGAUCCUGCUGGAUCCAGCCCUGGGCUGUGUCGGAUCCAUGGGCGGGAUCAGGCUCUGCUGCAGGAUGCUGAAUCCCGCUGCUGUGGGCUGUCGCUUGGAGCUCCAAUGGACUCUGAUGCAGAGGGAGC